ACAAUUUGCAUUUUUUGUAAAUAAUAGUAAAACACCAAAUUCCCUAGUCAGAGCUGUCAUCCUUCAUUCUUGGAUUUUCUGAAAUUUUCUCUGGGUGCUGUUUCCUUGAGAAAGAAAAUCAGUUCAUUUUCACAUAACUAAACACUACAUUAUUUUGACUCGAAAUGGCUGCAUUACGUGGAGUCUCACGCCUUCUGACCCGCCGCGCCCUCAACACAGUCACUAAAAGAGGCUACGCCGAUGAAAUGAGCUUCACAUUUGCUGCAGGAAAUCAAGUCUUUUACGACGCCCAAUCGGUGAGACAAGUGGACGUCCCCUCUUUCUCCGGUUCAUUCGGUAUUUUACCUAAACAUGUCCCCACAUUGGCUGUCCUGAAACCGGGGGUUGUCACCGUUUUUGAGAAUGAUGGCAACGUUAAGAAGAUUUUUGUGUCAAGUGGCACAGUCACCAUCAAUGAAGACUCCUCAGUUCAGGUUUUAGCGGAGGAAGCUGCCCCCGUUGAGAGGAUUGAUGCCGCAGCUGCUAGAGACAUCCUUAGCAAGGCCCAAGGAGAACUCUCGUCCGCGACAACAGAACAGGCCCGAGCCGAAGCUUCCAUCGCUAUCGAGGUUGGAGAAGCGCUCGUUAAAGCGGCCGAGUAAAUGCUAACUUGUGAAAAGCUAGAUUGUUAAUUUUAAUUAUAAUAAAAACUGGAAAAUUAAAUUUA